UCUAGCAAUACGCAAACCAAUGAUUAUUCAUCAGGAGCAAAAAGAUAUUCAGUGUCAAAUGCACAGCAGCUCAUGUCAUCGCGUAAUCAAGUUUUCAUAAGAAAUCGGAUAUUAUUCAACUGCACAACUCUAAGAGGGGGGAAAGUUUAUUUAUAUAGCCUCCGACACCCAACGGUCUGAACGUCUGCAGGGUUAUACCAAUCGGUACCGAUCAUGAAGCUAAUUUUACUGACACUGUUUAUAUCAGCCGUAAAAAUCCACUGUGAAGUAAAAGAUCGAAUCGGUGUGACUGGAAGAAUGAGAUGGCCCUGCGGGCGGCCCGAAACCCAAAAUCGAAGUUCCGAAAGUUCGCGGCACAGGUUCGAAAAUCGCUGAACCAAAUGCUGAGCAAGUCGGUUCUGGACGACGAAGCGGUAAUUUCCCAGCAGAACAUCAAGGCAUGGAUUCGAAGCAGGAAAGCGACGAAGCGGUCAUUGGCCGAAAAGAUUGAAAAGCUUUGGACCCUGGAACAGAGGCACUAGGUGGAUGUGCGAGCACGCGACUAAACUGGCAGGUGACUACUUCAGGUCGUAAUUAUUCAGUCUCAGCAAAAGCGUAAGCAACCUACGAGUGCGAUCGAAGACUGGUACGAUAGCUAAUGGAAUCAGAAAGAUCCAGGAAUGGUGUUGAAAGAACGUCGCAGACAUUCACCAAGUGACCGUGAACUCGCUCACGACGAGAAUAGAUCGGGAUUCCCAGGGUCUGGAUGGAGUUUGCAUGAUGAUGCAGCAGCACCACUGCCUCAUUAUGACCUCGGUAUUCAUGGAGUCUCGAUACACGUACCCAGAUGUAUACUGCAAGACGUUGGGCCCUGGUUUGGGAAGCGUCUCUUCUCACAUUUGCAGCUGCAGUGGAAAUUUCUGCGCCGAUAUCGACUUACCAUCGCUACCGGCGAACGAUUACAGAUUCGCACAAGAUCAGAAUGGUGCCUACCGCGUCGUUAGCAGGAUCGGCACUACGGAGAGGCGGAGAAAUGGGGGAGAGAGACUGGUAGGUGCAGCUAGGUAGCGAGAAACUCGCGGUCCUCAUUACUUCGGGAUUAAGAACUCGGGAAUGCUUCGACAAAUCUUCUCACAUCUUCGACGAAAAGUGUCAUGGUGAAUCAAUCAAUGUCAGGCGUAUUUAUUGUACACAGUGUUGCAGUGUAGCUUAUAAGGCUUGACAAACACAGUUCAAAGUGGAUUAUGUCAUACAUUUGUCGUAUAAAUAUUCUCUUACGAUAAAAAACAUGUGCGAUACAGUGGUGAACAAUCUGGAUUCAAGCAUAAAGACAAAAAAAUCGUAAAUGGUGUAUUCAAUUUCGAGUAACAUAAUAUAACGUGUAUAAACUACCAUCCAAAAAAAGAAAACGAAUGAUGUACGCACGGAUCCAUUAAGCAUAUAAAAUAUGGUAAUCCCACUUUGGCAGAGUCCAAACCGCAAUCAGUCGAGCUCGGAACUUUGCUUGUGAAUGUUGGAGAUCCCCACGUGUAACACGUUUAGAGUUGGUAAUAAUAAUAUUGCAGAUGAGUGCAAAAAGAGAAAUGAAAGAAAUAAACGUGGAAUAAUUAUAAUCAGUGUUGAUACGGAUAUACCGGAAUCGAGUCAGAUCUCUGCCGAGACAAUGAAGUCUGUCUUGCUUUUGGUCAUCUGUUACAAUGUCGCGGUUGGGCAAGAAGAAAAUUGGGAACAACUCCCAGCCUUCAAUGAGAUGUACCUCACCUCACUGCAACGGAAAUACUACCGGGAUCUGAACUGCCUGCAGAGGGUCGACGAGAUCCUAAAAUCGAAGUGGAGCAGCGAAUUGGACAAAAUAUCGAUCCAGGAUCUGGGCAACGUUGAGCCAGAACAUAAUUUUCAGGAACCAUCUAAGCCUAAGUACAACACCGAUGAGCAAGAGUGGCUGAUGGAGGGAGGAUCGACUUCGAGGCAAAUAGAUACAUGCAUUCGAGGUCUGGUGCCGGAUAUCGUGCCGUUGAUGAGCCAAGAGGAGAUAAAUUGCCUCAACUCAAUUUUCGCGUACCACGUUGAAGAGGAGAUAGUACACGAGGAGGUGUUCAAGGAGUUCGUAAAGGCUUCAGCCCGGAAGCAGCUUCCAUUCCGCAGAUUCGUCAGCUUCACCGACUUCGUGGAGUUGAUGUUUCAGAGCAGAACACCGGACGCGCUUGGCAGCCUGGAGAGAACAGUCUACGAACACGCGGAGAGCUUUCUAACGACCGAGCAGGACAGGGUCGAACCUUACUACAUAAUGGAGCAGGAAUGUGAGUGGAAGAAUGCCAAAGCGCUACGCGAAGCUUCGAACAGCAACGCAAAGUUCAAGGAAUUCGAGCGCCAGGUGCGAGAUUCGGUAAAUCAGCAGUUGGCCAAUCGAGUGGUGAAGAAUUGGAACCUAAACACCACCUUGCCUAGACAUAUAUACCGAGCUUGGGUAACGGCUAGGCAAAGGAUGAUUCCGGAGAUCAACGAAGAAGUGGCGAAGCUGCGCACCCAGAAGAAGGACGCUCAGUGGCUCUGCGAGCGGGCGACAAAGCUGGCUUACAAAUUCUCGGACGAACAGGGGGACAUCCUUUUGGGGGCUGAUGACACUUACGUCUCCCUGAGGAUUACCGAGGUCGCGAAAAAGGCUAGAGGGAUCGAAAAAGCGCUAGAGAAGUUUAAGGACUUCCGUCACCCCGUGAUCAAGACCCUCGCCGACCGGUACCAAAACGGAACAAGGUGCUUCAGCUCUUUCGUGCACCUCGUACAGAACCAUCACCGGUUUGACAUCGCGCUGGCUUUCGUUGACGGACAGUAUAACUAUCCGCAAUUCUUCUGCAAAGAUAAGAACCUCAACUUGGGACUCAUUGCAACCAGAUUUUGCAAUUGUGUUGGCAGCUUCUGCGUAGCUCACGGUCUCGCCGCUCUAUUUGCUGAAGAAUACACCCUCGCCCAGGCUCCUGAUGGAACCUUCAAAGUCGUCCUGAGUGGCCUCAAAAGCAGAAAGAAGGUCCAGUCCUGGAAUAGAGACUAGCUAAUCGCUGGCUUACGCGCUAGAGAAAGAGAUCAACUCAAGAGUAUCUUCAUUUAUUAGCUGCGGGUAGAGAAACGUCUUUGAUUGUUGUUUGAUAUUUAGCGAAACCAAUGACAAACAUUUUUGUAAAGGUUAACAACACGUUAUCGCCAUUCAUUUAUGUAUAAUAACACUGGUCAAGAUGUUUAUUGGUCGUUAAAUAAAUCACACAUUUUUUGUAUUUUAUCUGCAUAAGUAUUAAGAAAAAUAUAUUAAAAAUAUUUCAUCAUAUCGAAAUGUCUAAAUAUACGACGAAGUAUACACUUGACAUUAUCAUCAGCGAUUUAUCACGUGAAUCUAUUUCAACUUCCUUAAACUAACGAUUACCUUGGAUGAAUACACGAUGUACCCUUGAUCUGUACACAUUUUGGAGAACAUUGUCAGCACAUAAACUUUUUUUGUUUAUUUCGAAUUUAUUGAUUUUUAAAAUUUGCGAUCGAGAAGAGGUAUCAAAGAAAAUAGUCGGACAUCAAAACGAGAUUAUCCAUCAUAUUUGUAUAAAAGAAAAGCAGAACGUCUCAAGAAGUCGUGAGAAUAAUUUUAAAAAAUUAAGCUACAAGAAAUUGUCACGCAUUUUUAUUUUUUUAAAUAAUCAGAUUUUUCUGAGAAAAUAGGGUUUUUUUUACAGACACAUUUUUAGUAUUCUCAUGCCAAGGUAAAAAAAAGCAUUUACGAAAGAGGGCUAAAAAAACUUUUAUAUUUUUCUUUUUUGACCAGCGUAGUUAAAAGAAAUUACACACACCUGAUUUAUGUAUGUACGUUCGUAUGUUGAGGAUGAAUAAAAAAAAAAUAUACGUAUGAAAUAUGUCGAUGAA